AUGUGCCGCAUUAGGCCGCCUCAUGUUUCAGUCUCUACGAUAUUCGAAAUAUUGCGAUACAUGUAUAGACGUAAUACAAUAUUCAUAAGGUUUCUGAAAAUUCUUCGGCAGUCCCCGACCGGUUUCCCUCUUCAUGGGGCUCAUCGGGUAGGCGCAUUCCCCUGGAAACAUCACAAACGAGAGAUUCAGCUGGAUUCCAGGAAACAUGUUGUCAUGAUCUGGAAAUUGGUUGUUGAUCAGGUGUGGCUGUUGAUCUGUUCGCCGAGCUUGGCAGUUGACUUGCAAACGCUUCGUCACCAUACAAGCAGACAUCCUGUAGCACCCCCUCAAAGCCUAGUUGCCACAUCACCCAGAGGAAUCACAAGAGCUGGGAUGCUGACAGGCUGGUCAAGCCCAGACAAGGGAAGUCGAGAGACAGAGGUCAGGCUCGAACCACUAACCUUCUAUUCUCCAUUCUAUGCUGAAAAGCCGAGAAGCACUGUACAGCCGUUUCAUCCUUAUUGGGAAUCACCAACAGUGCGCAUCUCACGAAACUCCGAUGAGUCUCGAACCCGCGACCUCUUGGCUAGGAUCUCCUGGCUCUUUCCCCAAGUAGCCUCAAAAUUGAGGAAUCAACCGCGUUUGCAAAUUAGGUAUCCAAGUUGGCGGGCAAGGAAGAAGUACCCACUCAACUGCGCACUGAUGAUGUCUCCUCGUAUGGUGGCGAAACGUUUGCAAGCCAAUUGCCAAGCUCGUCGAACAGAUCGACAGCCACCUGAUCAACAACCAAUAGGUAUCCAAGUUUACAUGCACAUGUCUUGGAGGGCCUCAAUCCCGCUACCUCUCAAUUACCGGGGGAGCACUCCAACAAAUGAACCACCACAAAGUCUACGGCAAGUUACAUUUAACACCCAAUCGAACGCUUAUCUUGUUAAUUCGUGUUUGGGACCAUUGGAAUUCUGGCACAAAUGUUUUCUCCCGUAUUUAAACGGGAUUACGGGAAGCCUUUCUUGCCCAUUCCGAUGGUGCUCUCGGGAAAAAUCAUUCAGCUGUAGCACCCUUUUGGUGCCUAGCUUCCAUGCCACACGAAGGGGGCACGAGGACUGGGAUACUCACAGAUUGCCCAAGCCUAUACAGAGGAAGUCGAGAGGCAGAGGUCGGGUUCGAACCAUGAACCUUCCGCAUAGUUCCCUGUCCACACAGGCUGAUGUCAACAAGCGACGGCCGAUCUGGCAUGAACGUGCUAAUGGGAGCCUAAAUACAGACAGCUAUUAUGUUUUGUACAUCCCAGAGAGGAAGUACCAUGAUGAGUUUUGUAAUUAUCCGAGAUCAGUAGUACCGAUCACUAACUUCAUUACCCGAAAUCCAAAUCUGAUUUGCGGCCAACUAAAUGAUGAAACUGAACGGCUUCAGGAAUCACGGCUUCAAAAAGUUCAUUCUCGCCGAAUGAACUUUAACCGAACCUCCUUACCUUCUCGAGAAAUACAUUCAUUUGAAAAUCAAUCUGGUUUUCACGAGAUACUCAACUGGAGCUCUCGUUUAUGA